UCUCCAUUCUCAAUGAACACUUAUGAGAAUUUAUAAUUAAAAGAAGAUUAAUUACAAAGACUUCGAAGUUAAUUGGUCAUUACUUGUUUCUAACUAAAAUCUAUCAUCUUUUUUCAUGGUUGUUAAUCAAUUUGACUUAUCUCCUAAGCUUUUCUUUUUGCCUUAAAGUCUAUAUUACACCGAGAUUCUUCAUCCCUGUGUUGUCACUUGUCACUUGUCAGAAGUUAAGGCUAAAGAAGACGAAGAGUUUCCCUCUCUCUCUUUCUCUUGAGCAAAAAAUGGGGUUCUUGUGUUCUUCUUCUUCUUCUUCUUCUUCAAUCGUCUUCAAGCUCGGAGUUUCUUUAGUCUUUCUAGUUUCUUUCUCUAGUUACACUCCUGCAGAUGCUUAUGAUCCUUUGGACCCAAGUGGGAACAUCACUAUCAAAUGGGACAUCAUAACCUGGACCGGAGAUGGCUAUGUGGCGACUGUAACCAUGUAUAACUUCCAGCAAUACCGACACAUUCAAGCACCAGGCUGGACUCUAGGAUGGUCAUGGGCAAAGAGAGAGGUUAUAUGGGGAAUGAACGGAGGACAAACAACAGAACAAGGAGACUGCUCAAAAUUCAAAGGAACCAUUCCUCAUUGCUGCAAAAAGACACCUUCUGUUGUUGAUCUCUUGCCUGGAACUCCUUACAAUCAACAAGUUGCUAACUGUUGCAGAGGCGGUGUGAUCAACUCGUGGGCUCAAGAUCCAGCAACCGCUGUUUCCUCUUUCCAGCUCACCGUUGGACAAGCUGGAACCACUAAUAAGACGGUGAGGGUGCCGAAGAACUUCACUCUAAAGGCUCCUGGACCCGGCUACACUUGUGGCCCUGGGAAGAUUGUUAAACCUAGUAGAUUCGUUGGUACUGACAAGCGUAGAGUUACACAAGCAAUGAUGACUUGGAAUGUAACUUGCACAUACUCGCAGUUCUUAGCUCAGAGGACACCUACUUGCUGUGUCUCUCUUUCAUCAUUCUAUAACAGCACAAUAGUUCCUUGUCCUACAUGCUCUUGUGGAUGCCGAAACACUUCUCAGCCAGGGAACUGUGUAGACUCAAAAGGUCCAAGGAUAGCAUCUGUUGUUCCAAAUACAGGGAAGAGCUUGUAUGUACCGCCUCUGGUCCAAUGUACAAACCACAUGUGUCCAGUGAGAAUCCACUGGCAUGUCAAGGUUAACUACAAAGCCUACUGGAGAGUUAAAGUCACCAUCACAAAUUUCAACUACAACAUGAACUAUUCUCAGUGGAACCUGGUGGUGCAGCAUCCGAAUUUCGAUAAUCUCACUCAGACUUUCAGCUUCAACUACAAGCCCUUGAUUCCUUAUGCUUCCAUAAAUGAUACUGGGAUACUCUGGGGAGUGAAGUUCUACAAUGAUCUGUUGAUGGAAGCUGGACCAUAUGGGAAUGUACAAUCUGAGUUACUUUUCCAGAAAGAAGCAUCAGCUUUCACACUUGAGAAAGGUUGGGCGUUCCCUAGAAGAAUCUAUUUCAAUGGAGAUAACUGUGUGAUGCCACCUCCUGAUUCUUACCCUUGGCUCCCCAAUACCGCCUCAAACAAACCUAUCGGUUCUCUGUUUGCAGCAAUCUCCUUGUUACUGACUGUGCUCUUACAUGUAAACCUGUAAGAAUCACCUUAGUGUAGAAUUUAUUGUACUUUAUGUUGUUUGAGGAAAACUCAUCAGAGUAUUAUUGGCUUAGCAUCUUGUCUGUAACACUUGUAAUCAACUAUUGUCUUUCA